UGGAACUUGUGUAGUUGAUGGAAGCUUCAACUCGGGAAACAAUCGUGUCAGUUUUGGUAAGAAAAGGAGUGAAGUUGAAUUUUUAAAUUUUCCUGACUCUUAUUAUAUUGAAUUAGAAGGCGAACUCAACUUGAAAGAUUUUACUAAUUUAAAAAGUCUAGAUUGUGCUAAUCAAAAAAUUAGCAUUCUUGAUCUGAGUAAUUGUUCUAAAUUAAAGUCUUUGUCGAUUGAUGUCAGUGAAUUAACCAGUCUUGAUUUAAGUCAUAAUCCUGAAUUGACUUCAAUUAAAAUUAGGCAUAGCCGUAAGUUAAAAGCUAACUUAAACAUGUUUUCUCAUUUAACUAAAUUGGAAAUCUUAGACAUUUAUGGAAGUAAUUUCCAAGGUUCUUUGCAAGCAUUGCAAAAUUGUUCUAAGUUAAAACAUUUAAACAUUGGUAGGAAUUCUGAAAUUAAGGAGGGGUUAGAAUACUUGCCAAUAACUAAUUCCACUAAAUUUGAUUGCCAAGGCACUUCUUAUGAAUCUUAUUUGAAACCUUAUGGGGAUUUUAAAUACCCCACAGUAGCGGUAGCAAGCUCGGUUGCUGUGGGGACAGAAGAUGAAACUCCUGAGCAAGAAUUAAACAGACUUAGAAUAGAGAACCAAAGAUUAAAAAAUCAAAACAUUCUCUUGUUAGAGCAAACUGCCGAAAAUAAAACUGAAAUCACUAAAAAAAGAAAGCAAAGAAGCCCAAACUGA